GGCAUCUUUCUGACUGAAAGAAGGAAACUUCCCCCCCCCCCCCCAUUGAGUGGAUGAACUUAGUACUGACUAUUUUAAAUCUGUGCUGUGGCCUUUUUUUCAGGGUUUGAUUUUUUUUUCCAGUUUUUUUGCAAAGCAGGUCUAUCUGCAGCAUGACUUGGAUACCAAAAAAAGAAGAGUGCUGGUGAACACCUUGUCCCUGAGCUGUUCUUUCCUCUCUUAGCACACGAGGAAGGUAUAGAAGUCAGCAGGAGGGACUCAGUCUGAGAGCUGCUCAAGCUGGCAGGGUUCUGCAGCCCCAAGAGACUGAGCUGCCUCUUCUGAAGGUGCAUUCAACUCUCUGGUCAUAUGACAGACUUAAUUAAUACAGAAAAAGAUCUGGUUGUGUCACUCAAAGAUUACAUCAAGGCAGAGGAAAGCAAGCUGGAGCAGAUCAAAAAAUGGGCAGAGAAGCUGGAUCAGCUGACAGAUACUGCCACCAAAGACCCAGAGGGGUUUUUGGGCCAUCCUGUGAAUGCAUUCAAGUUGAUGAAACGACUCAACACGGAGUGGGGUGAGCUGGAGAGCCUGGUCCUCAAGGACAUGUCAGAUGGCUUUAUCUCCAACAUGACAAUCCAGAGGCAGUUCUUCCCCAAUGAUGAGGAUCAGACUGGUGCAGCCAAGGCCCUCCUGAGGCUCCAGGACACCUACAACCUGGACACAGACACACUCUCAAGAGGAAACCUGCCAGGUGUGAAGCACAAAUCCUUUCUAACAGCUGAAGAUUGCUUUGAGCUGGGGAAGAUUGCCUACACAGAGGCUGACUACUACCACACAGAGCUGUGGAUGGAGCAAGCCCUGAAGCAGCUGGAUGAGGGAGAAGUGUCCUCUGCAGACAAAGUUUACAUCCUGGACUACUUGAGCUAUGCAGUCUAUCAGCAGGGGGACCUGGGCAAGGCCAUGGCACUCACCAGGCGCCUCCUGGAGCUGGAUCCUGAACAUCAAAGAGCAAAUGGGAACAUGAAAUACUUUGAAUACAUCAUGGCUAAAGAAAAAGAAGCGAACAAGUCCAGCACAGAUUCAGAAGAGCAGCAGGAGAAGGAAACUGAGGUUAAGAAAAAGGAUUACUUGCCUGAGAGAAGGAAGUACGAAAUGCUGUGCCGUGGAGAGGGGCUCAAAAUGACUCCCCGGAGACAAAAGAGGCUCUUCUGCCGCUACUACGACGGGAACAGGAAUCCCAGAUACAUCCUGGGCCCUGUCAAGCAGGAGGAUGAGUGGGACAAGCCUCGGAUCGUUCGCUUCCUGGACAUCAUCUCCGAUGAGGAGAUUGAGACCGUGAAGGAGCUGGCAAAGCCCAGGCUGAGCCGUGCUACUGUUCAUGACCCUGAGACUGGGAAACUGACCACAGCACAUUACAGAGUCUCUAAGAGCGCGUGGCUCUCGGGGUACGAGAGCCCGGUGGUGUCCCGCAUCAACACCAGGAUCCAGGACCUGACAGGGCUGGAUGUCUCCACAGCAGAGGAGCUGCAGGUAGCCAACUACGGCGUAGGAGGCCAGUAUGAGCCUCAUUUUGAUUUUGGAAGGAAAGAUGAGCCAGAUGCUUUUAAGGAAUUGGGAACGGGCAACAGAAUUGCUACUUGGUUGUUUUAUAUGAGUGAUGUGUCAGCAGGGGGAGCCACGGUCUUCCCUGAAGUGGGAGCCAGCGUUUGGCCAAGAAAGGGAACAGCUGUGUUCUGGUACAAUCUCUUCCCGAGUGGAGAAGGCGAUUACAGCACGCGGCACGCGGCCUGCCCGGUGCUAGUGGGAAAUAAAUGGGUCUCCAAUAAGUGGCUCCACGAGCGGGGGCAGGAGUUCCGCCGGCCGUGCGCGUUGUCGGAGCUGGAAUGACGCAGCCUGAGCUCCUGGGUGUGGGGGGAAUGCACACACACCUCCCAGUUUACAACUGACUAACAAACACUCCACUACAGCUGUGGACAGGACAAACGUGCUUUUAGUUCCUCCAAACCCCCCCCCUCAAGGUUUAUCAACAGAAAAUAACUGAGGUUGACAAGUGUUACUGGAAAAAAAAAAAAAAGGACAAAAUACAGAUGAGGGCCACAACUUACAGUGGUGUUGUGUGUGGUGUUCCUGUCACCAUCAUCCCUCUGAGCAGUGUGGGCAGCCAGGGGUUGUCUGGAGUCUUCCUCACACCUGCCAGGCUUAGGGCAGGAUCACUGCCUUGCCCUAAGGGGGGCUCCCUUCUAAGGAAUGCUGAAUUAAACCCAUUCCUAUUCCUCAAUUCCCAGACACUCGACUCUGCUUUCCUAGAGUGCCUGACAAUUGCAGACAUGCUUUGCUUUAUUUCCCUCUGGAAAACAGGUUAUUAGCAUGUUUUAGCCUGGUUUUCCACUUCUACAAAAGCUCUACUUUUCAAACCUGUCUUCCUUCUCUGUGUGGAGAGUUUGGCUCUUAAUCUUGACCACGAGCCAGCAGUUCCACAGGCAGAGUCAGGAUGCUUCCAGAGUGUCAGAGCAGCCUGGGAACACCCACAGCCCAUCUUCCCUCCUCUUCUGCAGUGUUUGUCCACAUGAAAAAAUGCUGCUUUUGUUCUGUCCUGCCAGCCAGCUCUUCCCUCUGCUCCUUGGGCAGUGGGGUUGGGAAUGUUCCCACCUUCAUUAAUCAAAAUUGUUGUGCCUUAGGACACUGGAAUUUCAAAUUGGUUCUGAGACUUCAGGUGCUGAGGUAACACAGAGUCCUCACAGAAUGCUCCCCCCUUCUGCAAGUUUCUGGAGAAACUCCCAGCCUAUUUAUAGUCCUGAAGCUUUUCUAGAUGCAGGCUUGCUUUCCUGAGCCCUUCCACAGCAGGAUUUUUAGCAGAAUAUCCAAAUACCUCACUAGCACGAGGACAAAAAUAAAAGGAAGCUGCACCUGCCUCUACCUAAACAAUCCAAUUUUCUGGAUGAUGAUUUUACUGAUUUAGGGGUCAAGCCUGAAGUCUUUACCAAGGGAAGAAUUCCAAUUUUGGUUAAUUGGAUUUUCUGCCUCAAUAGAAUCUUGACAAUUGAGCCAAAACUUACAGAACCUAUUGUUAACAUGUGCUAGAAAUACCUCUGGAUUACUGGGAAUGCAGUUUAAGGUACUAGAGUUGGAGGAACUGCAUACUUUCAGAAGACACUUGACAAGGUCUUUGCUGGAAACUAAUUGUUAAAUUUCUACUGAGCCUGGUAGCAGUGGGCCCCAUAGAAUUGCCCCUCCUUAACCCUAUGCCUUCCUGAAUUUUGCCUGGCUUUUGGCAGCUGGAAAACAAGGUCCAUCCAUAGUUUGAGGACACAAAGUCUGCACAGUCCCACCUCACAUCUGUACUGCUCCUUUGCCAAGAGCUGAUCUAAAUAAAUUCACCCCAGAACUGUGUUAGCAGAGCUGAUGUUUGAGCACUUAAUUUUAAUAAUUUAAAAAUCACCCAACCCAUAAGACUCAUGCCUGAUUUUACUCACUUUUUCAUCCAUCUCUCUUCCUAUCCAUGGUUCUCUCUCCUCUCUUGGUUUGUUAAGCUCCAAAAAGGUAACCAUGGCUGCAGGUCCCUCCCACUACUUCCCUGCAAGUGAAAGGGUACAAUGAAUAGUGUGGUGUUGGGAACCCUGCCUUUGAGGCUUCCAUAAAUGCUUUUAGGGAACCCAGUCCUACCUCGUAAAGGAGGACAAAACAAAAUCCCUGUAUUGUCAUCAGGAACAGGUGUGGAAAACACCUGCAUUUGCUCUUACUCUACUAUCUCUGUUCAAAAAAAAACCAGAGUUGGGGAAUUUUGCUCAGCAGUUCCCUCCCUCAGCUCAAUACCAGUGAGUGCUUGCAGUGUCAAACAGCAUCAGUGUCAGACAUUGCUUGAGGAGUACAAAUGCUCUGGUGCACAACUUUUUAAAGCAGUGAACCACUCACAGAUAAGUAUUCAGGAAAGAAUUUUCUACUUUUGAAAGCAGAAAAUUUUACUAGGUUAAAGGAACAAAAGAAAUCUCUCAAAAUUAAAUAGUGAGUCUGCUGAGGCACAUCAGGAAUAUUCCAGAUUAUGACAACAGGGUUGGCUUCAAUUUUUAAACUGCAGACAAUCCCUGUUUCCUCCACUGCAGUGGUGUCCAUCCAAUGCUGACUACAUAAGGGAUUACACUGGUGCUGCUCCUCCAGCCUUACCCCAUCAUUUCUCAGAGGGCAUUUGGAUCCCCAGUGUGGCUCCUGUGUGAAUUUAGUUUUGUAUUAAACAUGAUUGAAAACUGUCUGGGCUCACAGUGACUGACAACUGAGAA